AUGAAUGCUGUGGGUGGAAGUGAACUUGGCCUACAAUAUCCUACUGAUUCAGAUAAUGAAACAGUAACAGAUUCCAUUAAUGCAAAUAUUACUACAGAAGUAGAAAAUAAACCAUAUAGUAGACCUAGUUUCCUAGGAUUAACAACAGAAGAAACUGAAGUAAGUGCUGAUCACAGAGUAAGACCAAUCAUAGUUCCAAGAGAUUUAAGCCGAUUACCAUGGUGUGCUGGCUAUGCAGAAUGUAUAAAUGCUGGGAAAAGUACAUGGAACGAAGAUCAAACUUCUGCAACUAGAGGAGACCUCAAGUUAGCAGAUGUUAAUGUUACAUUGCCUUAUGUUAUGUUUUCUAUGUUUGAUGGACAUGCUGGAUAUCAAGUGGCUUUAACAGCAAGAUUACACUUGCAUAGGAUAAUCCUUGGAAGGUUAAUGGCAAUACCUGGCAAUAUGUUGUUGAAUGAAGAUGAAGAUGAGCGCAUAAAAGGGAGAGAUUUAGUUACUGGUGCUAUUGAAUUAGCAUAUAGACAAAUGGAUCAAAUGGUGGAAACUCAAGCUCAAGGAGGAGGUGGUGGUUGCACAGCAAUUACUAUUUUGUUUCUCAAUGGUAGAUUAUAUGCAGCUGGUGCUGGUGAUUCAAGAACGAUACUAGUUUUGGGAGAUAGUCAACGUGCACUGACAAGAGAUCAUACCCCUGAUUCAGAAUCAAACCGUAUUAGAGCAUUAGGUUUCCUAAAGAGCAAUGAAUUACUAAAAGGUCAUUUCACGCCACUGGAAUUCAGAAAACGACCUUUGCAAGAAGAAUUAGGAUCUAUGGUUUUGUAUAGAGAACCUUACAUGACAGGUUGGGCAUAUAAAGUAUUAACUCAUACCGAUUUAAAGCUACCUCUCAUAUCUGGACAUGGAAAAAGAAGUCGAGUUAUGGGCACUAUAGGAGUAACACGAGGUUUUGGAGACCAUGGUUUAAAAGCAGCCAAUACAGGAGUUCACAUAAAACCAUUCCUCUCAUCACAACCAGAAGUUCAAUCCAUAAAUUUAGACAGUUGUAACCCUACAGAACGUGAUUGCAUUAUUGCAGCUACAGAUGGGCUUUGGGAUGUUGUGUCAGAUAAAGCAGCAGCGAAUAUACUUAGGAAAACACUGGCUCCAGAUGCUCCAUCAUUAGAAUACAGGCUCACAAUGGGUGCUCAAGAAUUGGUACAAGCAGCAAGAGGUAGAUUGGUUGGACGAGCUUGGGUUGGUAAAUCGGAAAAUAUUGAAGAAGGAGACGAACAAUUUUCACCCAUGGCAUCGGUUGAUGAUAUCAGUGUUUUAGUGGUACCAUUAUACCCUUACUUAUGUGAACACAAGCAAUGGUUGAAAACAACACAACAAGAAAGAAGAUAUUCCAUGAAUUCAUUAGACAUAUCGGUUAAUAAUUCUGUAUAA